GUUCGAUGCCACCAAUCUUGCAAGCAUUGGCAAGUGGCAUCCACACAACACAGCAACACACAACACAGCAACCCGCCGGUAACUUGGAGUUCUCAUCAGCUGCUCCCAGGCUUCUCAAUCUCCUUUGUAUUGAGAUCAUUCAUCAACUGGUUGCCUCUUUUAUUGAAACAAAAUUACUAGUUGUCUUCCUUUGGACGGACUUUGAUUUGAUCCCAUGUGGUUUUCCAAGAGCAAUCUGCUACCCUCGCUUCUCUUGCUGGUAGUAUCUUCCAGAGCCUAUGCUCGCAUUCGCAAUGACGACAAUCCAACCGGACGGGACAUCCACAUUGUGAACGAGUCGGAUGUCAAGGUGGACAUCUUUUGGAUCAAUCCUCAGACCAAAGAACUCGUCAAGAGUAUUGAUACCGGAAUUCUCAAGGGUACCGAUUCCAUCAUUAACAGCUACAUUGGUCAUGAAUUUGAAAUCCAGGAACUCCCUCGCAAGACGACUGGCAAAUGUCGCGGCGAGAAUGAAGAAUGUCGAAAGGCAUAUUUCGUGGUGACCAGCAACGAUGAUCAACGAUUCACCAUUGAAAAGGAUAUUUCCAUCACGUACAUGGAUGCCCGCAGUCGAGCUUUGGAAAAAGCCAAAAAGGUUUCCGAAGAAUGUCCCAUGCCAGAACCCUCGGCAUCGGGAGAAUUGCCCGAUCUGGAAGAAUGGGCCGAAUGUUUGCAAAAAGGAAUCAAUGCCACUUUGGAUGUUUCCAGAGAAGAAAUUGAAUUCCAAGCCGGAGUCCGAAAGAAUAUGGGUCGAAAAUUGGUGGAUUAUGCCUGUUCCGAUGAAGAAUUUCCAACCACCAAGUCCACUUACAAUCAAACACUCAAUCUGGGAUUGGGAGCCACUCGAAAUCCCAAAAUGCAAUUUUUGUUCCAGUCGGAAACCAGCAAAGUGAUCUUAUUGGAGAAUUUUGUUGCUCGUUCGCAAUGCCGGUGGUUGAAAGAAAAUGCUGCCAAAGGAGGGAAGAAUCGACUGGACUGGUCGGCGAUUAAUGAUGUUGCCAUUCGGACUGUGGUGGAGCGCAUCUACAAGGCAUUGGAUCAAGCAUUGGAUUAUUACCAAGAACCCAGCCAUCUGGAUCGACAAAGGCAAAAUUCAGCCAGGCUGCCACCGUUGUUUCUAUUGCACACCUAUGAAAAGGGCGACGAAGCUAGUCGGUUUUUGGCAGAAGAGCAUAUCAGUCAUCCUCUCAUUGGUACCUUUAUGCUGUUUUGUGAUGCCCCAGAAAAGGGAGGUGCAAUUCAUUUCCCCAAGUCAGGCACUCAUGUCAGGCCAGAAGCAGGAAGUGCACUGCUUGUGACCUAUAUGGAGCCUAGCACCGGAGAAACUUCAGAAGAUGUAUUCACGGCAGAACAUGUGGAUUGUCCUGUGGCGGAAGGAAAGCAGACGACACUCAAAUAUCACAUUCCCGUUCCUCGCGAAUAAGAAACAUGACAUCUUUUCACUAUGCAAUGCAUUUGUUUAUUGAUGGUGGCAGUGAAGAUGAUGAUGAACUAUGAACUUUUAGGAAGAAGUAGGAGUCAGUAGAAUUAUAAAUACAGGAAGUAACAAUAAAAUUGAAUUUCACUUUUU